GGGUGGUACCUGCUCAACUUCUGCAAAUAUUCUUUCUGUUGCCUCAUGCCUGUCCAAUUAAAACAACAUGGAUACGAGAAAGUUUUCCAGAAUAGCGCUGUGAUCAAUCUGUCCAUGAGUGUUUAAUAUUUCUAUCUCGUGUUGAGGACAUAAAGACCCGGAUCAGUAUUCUCACCUGGAAUUAUGCGCGCGUCAGGUACGCUGCUUUGACGGAGCCAGUCUCGGGUACAAAUUCUCUGAAGUAAGGCUUUGGCUCAUACUCAUUGCAGCUCACCAUUCUAAGAUCAACAGGCGAACAAAAGAACAGGCUUCACCAUCGCCAACUCCUCCGACCCCCCUCAUUUUCCAGUGCCAUGAGUGGUCAACCUCGGAGGAUCCGUCUGAAGCCUUGGCUGCUGGCACAGAUUAACAGUGGGAAAUACCCUGGAUUGCAUUGGCUCAAUCAAGAGCACAGGCUGUUCCGGAUUCCUUGGAGACAUGCCACCCGUCAUAUGCCAACCCUGGAAGAGGAGAACACUAUAUUUAAGGCUUGGGCUCUGGAGACAGGCAAGUAUCAGGAGGGAGUGGACGAGCCAGAUCCUGCCAAAUGGAAGGCCAACCUCCGCUGUGCUCUAAACAAAAGCAGAGAGUUCAGUCUCCACUAUGAUGGCACUAAGGACACCCCUGUCCAGCCCUAUAAGAUCUAUGAGGUGUGCGAUCAGUCAGUCAAUGGAGAUGCAGGAGAGGAUGAAGAAGAGGAGCUGCCAAACUUUGUCAACCUCUCCAUUGACCCGAGAGCUGUUGAACCUCGAAGCUACCCUGCAUACCCUACUAGAGUUGAUGUUCCAUUCACCUCUCCUAUUGCCGACAGCUUUAAUCCCAUCCAUCAUAACUCUCCAAUGAACCUAUUAGAAGUAGUCCAUAAUAAUACAAAUGGAGGUGCUCCUAUGACCACUCAUCUUGCCCAGCCUGGUACUGCCCCUCAUGAAUUUACCAGUCACGGUCCAAUCAAAGUGGAGCAGGGGACAUAUCCCGUUCAUUGUGGAGGACAUCCAAAUAGUUUGGGAAUGGGGACUGGAGUCAUACCGCCGCCUGUCCUUCAAGAAGUUGUUUCUCAUUCUGUUGGGCCUACAGCCAUAGUGGACAGCCCAAUGCAAGAGGUGCCAGCCCAAGUGGAAAACCAGAUCCAUCCCUGCAUCUCUGAAUUGCUGAGCAGUCCUCACAUGUUGCCCUUAACUGAUCUUGAUAUCAAGUUCCAAUACAGAGGUCGGACAGCUGGUUCUUUGACCGUCAGUAACCCUCAGGGUUGUAGACUUUAUUAUGGUAACCUGGCACCCACACCUGAGCAGGUGGAGCUUUUCGGUCCAGUCACACUGCACCAGGUGCUGUUUCCCGGAACUGCUGAGAUCCAAAACGAAAAGCAGAGGUUCUACACUGAUCACCUGCUGGACGUGAUGGAUCGAGGGUUGAUUUUGGAGAUCAGGGGACAAGAUAUCUAUGCCAUCAGGCUGUGCCAGUGUAAAGUGUUCUGGUCUGGGCCAGGUGUGCUUGAGCAGGGUCCGCCCAAUCCAAUGGAACGGGAGAAGAAGAUCUGGGUGUUCAGUUUGAAUAACUUCCUCCAGGGUCUCAUCAUGUAUCAGAAGGGGGAGGCACCCACUCCACCUCCCUUUGAGAUCUACUUCUGCUUUGGUGAGGACUGGCCGGAUAGAAAGCCCAAAGAGAAAAAGCUCAUCGUCGUCCAGGUCGUUCCAGUGGUUGCAAGAAUCCUGACUGAGAUGUUUUCAGGUGAGCUCUCCUGGUCUACAGACAGCAUUCGGCUCCAGAUCUCUAACCCAGACUUGAAAGACCAGACGGUGGAGCAGUUCAAAGAACUCCAGAGACUGUUGCAGAGCCAAAAUGCUCAUGCCACAUGGGCUCAGAACAUCCACUAACUGGGGCGUAACCCAGGCACCAUUACUCAAAGUUGAAACCAUUUCAGCUAUUUUCAUGACAGUCUUGUUUAUUACACAGCACUGAAAUUGUCUGUGUAAUGACUGCUCAAAGUAGACGUCCUUUGGUUUCUCUGACAGUUGGAAUAUAUAGACACCCUCACUGCUGCCUUAAUAAAAACAUAGCCACAAACAUUUCCAUCGAAGACCCAUUGAUGUUUCUAUUUUUUUUCCUCAUCUCAUGGAUUAUUCCCUUAUGAACUUUAUUUUUGUUUUCUCUGUAAACUGGUCUUUAAAAUGUUAUAUUUCAAUAAAUACCAUUGCAGUAUUUUAAAUGGUUA